UUCCAACCAUGAUUAAAGAUAAACAUAUAAUAUAUAGAUUUUUAAUCGUGAUUCCAACAAGCGUUUGAUUUUGAUAGCGAAUACUGAGCAUAGAUAGGAGAUUAAUGAGUAAGUCAAAACAUCUAACACGUGCGUAUCAACCAUAUUUUUAAACUAAUUAUCAAUUAUUGAAUUAUUGUUGUAUCAUGGAAUCUCAUAUUAAUUUUCACGAAAUGAAUAUAGAUGAUCGCCUUCUUAAAGCGAUAGCUAACAAUGGGUGGACUGAACCCACUUUGGUUCAAGAACGCGGUAUCCCAAUUUUAUUAGAAGGCAAAGAUAUGUUAGUAAGAGCAAGAACUGGCUCUGGAAAAACUGCAGCCUUUGUAAUACCAGUUGUACAAAAAAUAUUAGAAUUCAAAGAAAGGAACUCUGAUAGUUACAGUACGCAAGCUUUAAUCUUAGCUCCAAGUAAAGAACUAUGUACCCAAAUUCAUAAAAAUAUUCUUCAACUAACCAUUAAAUGUUCAAGAGUAGUAAAGUGUGUUGAUAUAUCUGCUCAAAUUGAUAUGAAAGAACAACAGCCCUUAUUAAAUACACCUCCAGAUAUAAUUGUAGCUACUCCAGCUAGAGCUCUUCUUCAUUUGCAAGCAAACAAUUUUACUCUUGAUAAAUUACAAACAUUAGUGGUUGAUGAAGCAGAUUUAGUUUUCUCCUUUGGUUAUGAAGAAGAAAUAAAAGAAAUUAUAAAAUAUUUACCAAAAGUUUAUCAGGCUGUUUUGGCUAGUGCAACAUUAUCUGAAGACGUUUUAGAGUUAAAAAAGUUAAUUUUGCGUAAUGCUGUUACAUUGAAAUUACAAGAACCAGAUUUAGCUCCCUUGUCACAAUUAACUCAUUACAAAUUUAAUGCUGAGGAAGAAGAUAAAGCAGUCAUAUUGUACUGUUGUUUUAAAUUGAAACUUAUUAAAGGCAAAACCAUAGUAUUUGUUAAUACUGUAGAUAAGUGUUAUAAGUUAAAAUUAUUUUUGGAACAAUUUGGUAUUCAUACUUGUGUUUUAAAUUCAGAACUCCCUGCUAGUUGCCGGUAUCAUACCAUUUGUCAAUUCAAUGAUAAUAUCUAUGAAAUAAUUAUAGCUUCAGAUGAAAAAUUUUUAGAUGAGGAACACGAAGUAAAUUCAAAUAAAACUAGCAAACGUAAACAUGAUAAAGAAUUUGGAAUAGCAAGAGGAAUAGAUUUUCAAUUUGUAUCUGUCGUUAUUAAUUAUGAUUUUCCAUUAGAUAUUUAUUCCUACAUACACAGAGUUGGCCGUACAGCUAGAGGAAAAAAUAAAGGGACAGCCAUAUCUUUUUUAAAUAUUAAAGAACAACAUUUAUUAAAAGAUGUUGAAGACUAUAUAAAACAAGGUAUUUCAGAAGAAAAUGACAUAUUUCAAGUUUUUAAUUUUAAAUUGGAAGAAGUCGAAGGAUUUAGAUAUAGAGCUAAAGAUGCAUGGCGAGCUGUUACUAAAAUAGCUGUCAGAGAAGCUCGACUAAAAGAAAUAAAAUAUGAAAUGUUAAAUUCAAAAAAACUUAAACGAUAUUUUCAAGAAAACCCUCGUGAUUUGCUAUCACUGAGACAUGACAAGGCUUUACAUACAGUAAAACUUCAAGAUCAUAUGUCUAAUGUUCCUGAUUACAUGAUACCCACUUCUUUAAAAGAUUUUAUACAAAACCAAGAUGAAGAUAAUAAUAAAGGAGGUAAAAAGAAGGAUAAAGAAUAUUAUAAGAAAUUACAAGUUGGAUAUAAAAAAUAUCAAGCAAAAAAGAGCAAUCCUCUUGUUGGAAUGGAAUUUACUGGAUUGAAGAAAGUUUGAACGCCUUCCAUCGCCAGCACACACAAUUCGUUGUCGGAAUCAAUAAUUUCAUCUGAUGGACCGGCAGGUAUGUCGGGAACAAAAAUCUCCGG